CUAGAGCGGACUGAGAGUCUCCAGUCAGUGUUCAUCACAUCAGUGGACGAGACACAUUUGAUUUCUAUCAGGCUUUAGGACAAUCAGUCACUCAGGAUGACGCACCAGUCCCCCACGCUCACCGAGGCGCAGAAGAGGGAGCUACAUGAGACUGCUCUACGCAUAGUUUCUCCAGGGAAGGGCAUCCUGGCUGCAGAUGAAUCUGUGGGCAGCAUGGCUAAGCGGCUGGCCCAGGUCGGGGUGGAGAACACGGAGGAGAACCGCAGACAGUAUCGGCAGAUUCUCUUCAGUGCAGAUGAUCGCAUGAACAACUGCAUUGGAGGGGUCAUCUUCUUCCAUGAGACGCUGUACCAGCACUCUGAUAACGGCGUGGCCUUCGUCAAAAUGAUCAGGGACAGGGGCGUCAUGGUCGGCGUCAAGGUUGACAAGGGUGUUGUCCCCCUGGCAGGAACGAGUGGAGAGACCACCACACAGGGUCUGGAUGGAUUGUCAGAGCGCUGUGCGCAGUACAAAAAGGAUGGAGCUGUCUUUGCAAAGUGGCGCUGUGUGCUUAAAAUCAGUGACACCAAUCCAUCUAAACUGGCAGUCGCAGAAAAUGCAAACGUUCUUGCACGCUACUCCAGCAUCUGCCAGCAGCAUGGCAUUGUGCCCAUCAUAGAGCCGGAGAUUUUGCCUGAUGGAGAUCAUGACCUGAAACGCAGUCAAUACAUCACUGAGAAGGUCCUGUCUGCGGUGUACAAGGCAAUGUCGGACCACCAUGUGUACCUGGAAGGCACACUCCUCAAACCCAACAUGGUCACCUCUGGACACAGCUGCUCCACCAAGCACACCCCAGAGGAGGUUGCUAUGGCAACCGUCACUGCCUUGCGCCGCACCGUCCCACCAGCGGUCACAGGAGUGGCUUUUCUCUCGGGCGGUCAGAGUGAAGAAGAGGCCUCUGUCCACCUCAACGCCAUGAACAACUGCCCUCUGCCCAAACCCUGGAUCCUGACGUUCUCCUUCGGCCGAGCCCUGCAGGCGUCUGCACUCAAAACCUGGAGAGGACAUAAAGAGAACGAGAAAGCCGCCACUGAGCAGUUCAUCAAGAGAGCAGAGGCGAACAGUCUGGCGUGUCAGGGGAAGUACAAUGGCGGUGAUAAUUACGGCGAGGCCGGCCCGCGCAGCUAUGGUUCCUGUCAUGCAUACUGAGAAGUUCGCAGAAGCCAUGUUUCAAUUAGCAUUGUGUUUUGCUUCCAUUACCAUAACAAGGAGGAAUUGUGAUGUGGAUAAUUAGAUUAUUUCAGAAUUAUGACACCCAUAAUGAUGUUACAUGAAAACAAGUGACAGCGUGUUUUCUUGCCUUGACAAAUGAGGACAAUCAGAACAUGGCCUUGGGUACUUCUAACGCGUGUUUUCAAUGAGGGAUGUCUGCUUUCCUUUUGUUAUGAAUGUACAGUGUGCUCUUGUGACAGUGCCAUAACUGAAGCUUUAAAAAAAAUCCUGCAUUUAGUAUCACAAAUACCAACAUGUGCUGUAAGUAAAUUGAAUUUUGGCUGCAGAGCAAUGACGUAGGUUUGUAUUAAAAAAAUAGUGAAAAUGUCUGACAUACAAUUUCCCACCUGUUACAUG